AUGGGUGGAUAUCGGGAUGAGCAGGUGCUAGGGAAUAUUGAAUUAAGCAAGGAAAACUGGCAAGUGCAUGGCAAGGAUUCCUACGGCGCAUGGAGUCAGCGCAUUCCAAAAUGGCCCCUUUCCAUCACUUUUCUCUUACUCAUCACAUCACUUGCGCUAUUUGUAGUCACGCUCCCCAGUGUUAGGCAGAGGACAGAGGAUAUUGGGUAUCACCGAGUACACUCUCCGUUGUGGGAUGUCAUGAGAUAUCAGAAUGUUCAAUUCCACGCUCAAAUUGGCAGCACGCCACUGUUCACAGGGUCAGUACCACCAGAGUUAAGCAAAACAUGGGAAGAUGUAGAAAGAGCGGAUCUCAUACUCAUCCACGGACACGACAUGGAUGCUCUUGAUGAGCCGAAAGAAAAUGCGACCAAGCUUGGAAACAAAUACUUCACGCUCAUCGCGGCUUUCCGCCAAUUUCACUGGAUCGAUCUAGUGCGCGAGUUUUGGGUCACCUUGGCAAAUAAGCCGCAUCCGAUUGGUAUAAACUGGUUAAAUGUUGGCCGACUGGUGAUCUGUGCGGUCGAUUGGACCAAAUUGUGGCCUUUGCACCUGGGUCCGGCAGCUUCUGGCAGUGGCCGCGAUAUCCAGUGGGUCUUGCAAAAGGCAUGGGACGAUGAUCCGACCAAGGACCUCGCGCCGUGGUACUUGUUUGACCCGGCUGCUGUCUUAGAGAUCCGGACUACUGAGAAAUUGAAAGACGCUCGCCAGGAAGUCGAGGUGAUGCUGGGGAAGUAA